AUGUCUAGCAGUAUAAUCAUCAUGUAUAAUUCGAAAAUCUCUUUCAUCGUUUUACUUAUUCUAUCAACUUUCGCGACAACUUACGCAAUUCCGCUUCUUCCAACUGGUGUUUCAAUGACAGCAAAUGGACUUGGAGCUACCACUGGUACCAUUGUUGCCACUGGUGGCGAAUUACCCCUCGCUGAACUCACUGGUACUAUUAACAGUGGAUCAUAA